AUGGAACCCGACAGCGCCGGGCGCACACCAAGUCGCGACGGGGCUGCCGGAACUUGUGACGAGGGCAAGCCAUACUGUCAAACUUGUCAAGCCUUUGGCGUGAAUUGCAAUUACAAUUCGCCCCACAUUCCAGAUCUCCAAUCUGCAUGGCAGGACACGCCGCGCAAAUCAGAUCCCGAUAAUUCAUUUGGUCAGCUUGUCUUCAGUGCAAAGCCAGUACCUAACCUUCUGCACCCAGUGGUCGUGGUUGGGGAUGGUUAUGGCUCGUUUAAACUCGACGCGAGUAGUCUAGCUCGUCUAGACCGAUUCCAACACCGCACGGCUUUUACAUUCGCAACUGCUCGAAUUCCUGAAAUUUAUCAAAUUGAUGUGGCCAAAAUCGCGAUAGCGAAUCCAUUCCUGAUGCAUGUUAUCCUUACCAUCACGGCCACCCAUGAUCGCUACUUGUCAAUCACCCCAGAAACGGCAAAGCCAUCCCUUACCGAGGCUUACCACUGGUCACGGGCUGCUGCAUUACUCAAUCGAAAACUGUCGAACCCAAUUCUACCCCAGGACCGUGAUGCUCUUUGGGCCGCCGCAGCCAUGUUAGGAAUUGCAAGUGUUACUUCUAUUGAGGCAUCGUCUCCAAAGGAGGCAUGGCCUCUCAAACCUUACGAUCCAGCUGAUUUGGAAUGGCUUGAUAUGUCUCAAGGAAAGGAAGCGAUAUGGAAUGCUACCGAUCCACUGCGCCCAGACAGUAUCUUCCAUGUCAUGGCAGACGACUAUCGCGCUCUCAUGGCCCCACCUAGGCUCUGUGAAAUUAACGAAAUACCCGAUGAGUUGGUCCGGCUAUGUGAUCUGGAUGGCUUGUCAGCACUGCAGCAGAAUCCAUAUUAUACUGCCGUGUCUAUACUGGUUCAGCUGGGGGGUAUCCAAUGCACCCAAACGACGAUGUCAAAAUAUCUCGGGUUUAUGAGAUUUAUGGAGCCUGCCUUUCGGAAUCUGUUACAUCAGAAGGACGCUCGUGCAUUACUGAUCCUUGCUAAUUGAGGCUCGGAGAUCGUCUUUCGCGCGGAAAACAUCCCGGUCCGGUUCUUCAAAGCAUGCCGGUGGUGUCGCCGGCAGAAGAUGCGCUGUGAUGCACGCAAUCAGGUCCCAUGCUUCCGCUGUCGCUCAACGGGCCGUGACUGCAUCCUGGACCCCAUAGAAGAUAACAUGCGACGUAAUGAACGUCGGAGAAAAUCUACAACGCCCGCACGUGGCUCGGCAGUAACUUCUCCGCUGGAUCACCGUAGUGGAUUUCAUACUCCUGCUUCAAGAGACCAGGAUUAUUCACCCGUUGCUGGUCAAGAUGCUUCCUUCAAUGCUUCUAUCGACUCGUUUCCAGAGUCCUCCUUGGGGAGGCUGCGAAGGUCUCAGACUGCUGAUCAUCAUGCACAUGGCCAUGCUCAUGGGCAUGUUCAUGAAUCACAACAAUUGAGUCCAAAUGAUAUGAUCGCGCCGGCGUCAGCAGUGCAUUCAAUGUCUGUCAAUUUACUCGGUACUGAUGAGAUUUUCAUGGAGCAUUCGAGCAAUGGAGACCCUAGAGGGGACAUUAUUGCUCGUGGUAUUGUUAGCGAGGAACAGGCCAGAAUCAUGUAUGAAAGAUUCACAGGCGGAAGCAAGAACUUCUUACCUGUCUUCGACCCUAUUCGUGACACCUUUGACUCCAUACGAUCACGGUCACUAUUUUGCUUUACAGUAAUAAUCUACCUGGCCAGUAGGGCAGUGGUGGAUCUACGCGGGGACACCCACAUGCAGCGUGUGCUACAAGACGAAGCGCAGCGACUUGCGGAAGACAGCUUCUUUGAACGCCCAACGAAACUCGAAACAGUGCAGGGGAUGAUCCUACUCGCCGCAUACUCAGAGAAAACCUGGUUCUCAACGGCACUUAUUCUGCGCACGGCCCUGGAUUCCGGCUUAGAAAAGUCACUUGACAAAUUGCUUUCUCAAGAGAAUCUGCCGCGAAGCUCACUUUCUGCCUCCAUGGCUGACCGCCAGUUGGUAUGGCAGGUACGGACCUGGCUCAUCAGUUUCACAUUGGAGCUGGAUGUAGCUUCAGGUACUGGCCGCAAGUCACGCAUAGGUGAGGUGGAUAUCAUGAAACUGCGCAAAUUUCUCGACUAUCCUCUCUCGUUGCCUUGCGAUAUGCGGACUGUCUGCAUUAUUGAACUUCAUCAACUUCGAGGCCAUUCCCGUAUAACUCUCGACAAUACGGGGACCAUCCAAGAUAUAGUUUCAACGGAGCUGCCCGCGAUCAUGGCAAGGCUACAAAGCUGGUGGGCCACAUGGGAUGAGAUCCACAGUAAAUGCUUACACCAUAGCGAAGAUAAUGGAUUUCAUUCUGGUGCAUUCCAGCGAAGCAGUCUCAAGCUUAUGCUCAACUAUGCCAGAAUAUUCGUACUUUGUGCCUCCCUAGCACGCAUCCAGAAGCUACAACCUGGCUCCAACUCCGAAUCUGAAAUUACUGACCAGAACGUUUUGAAUCUGUGGCAAUCUCUUAUCACGACCAUCAUGGACCAACUAGCAUUCCUGAUCAAUUGGCCGUCCUAUCGAUGCCAACUCCCAUGGGCUCCAACCUAUCCGGCCCUCACGAUUGCCUUUGUCACUACAUUCGCGCUUCGGAUCGCACGCUGGCGACCAAACUGGAUUGAUCAAGACCUGCUAUUAGACAGAGCAGAAAAGAUCUGCGACUUCUUGAAGCAGCCACCAUACCCGGACAUCCACCGCACUGUCUCCAUCUUUGUCAAUUAUGCCAGGGCCUUGAUUGCUAGUCAACGUCCACGAAUCAAUGACAGCACAGAGGGCCCUAACGUGUCCGAGCAGGAUGAUGGACACGUUCCAUCAUACAGAGGCCCAGACAGUCUCAUGCAGAAUGCCCCGCCUUUGGCGCCACUUGAAGAUCAUCGGUACAGAACCGGCACGGUUCUUCCGAGUGAUAAGGACCCAAAUAUGGUCCCCAUGACAGGUAAUGAUGCAGCUGCGACAACCAGACCACCUCUUCCCAAAAUUCCCGAUACGAUGGAGGCCCCAAAUUGGACCAUGUCGAAUUCUAUCGCAGAUUCCUUUGACAAGAUGGAAAGCUCCAAUGAGAAGGCUACUAUCACAAUGAAGACCGAAAAAAACAUCAACACAAAAGAUGAUUUUACACUAGUUGAAAUUUCUCCGGAAGAAACACUCGUUGAAUUCUCCCCUGAUUCUUCGGCAGACCCGAACAGGUGGAUUUUUAGCAAGAAAAUGUACAACGCAGUCGUGGGGCUAUUAGUCGUACUCAAUAGCGGCGUGUCAUCGUCCCUGCCUAGCAAUGCAAUCCCCGCUAUCAUGCACGAUUUCGGCCUGUCAGGAAACGGUCAAAAGACCGUUGUUAGUGGCGCCUAUGCGGAUUUGUUUUCCGAUUUGCGCAGUCGUGGUCGGGCGAUGGCUUUGUACAUGUCGGCUUCAAGUUUCGGUCCCAUUAUUGGACCGAUUAUCUCAGGAUGCUCGGUCCAGUACGGCUGGCGAUGGACGUUUCGCAUCGACUUGAUUCUCGGCGGCAUCACCUGGUUGGGUCUUCUCUUUUAUUCUGAAACGUUUGCGCCUGUUAUUCUCAAGAAGCAAGCCUCGAAGCUAAGGAAAGACACCGAGUGUGAUCGAUACUUCUCCUCGCAAGAGUUAAGAAAAACAGAUGCGGCAUUCACUUUGACCCAAACAAUCACUCGGCCUAUUACGAUGCUCAUUUUCGAGCCUAUUAUCCUGUUCACGGCCAUUUACAUUUCUCUCGCCUGGAGCAUGGUCUUCUUCUUCUUCCAGGCGUAUCCUAUCAUCUUCCAGGGUACCUACGGCUUUGAUAUUCAAAUGACUUCUCUCACUUACAUUCCCGUGGGCGUCGGCGCCGCAUCAUCUUGCCUCGUCGCCUUCAUCUACGAUACCAUCUACGAAAGAGCCAAGAAGCUCGGCAAGAGCUGGACAUCCAGUCCCGAAUUCCACCGCCUCCCGCUAUCCUGUGCAACUGGUCCACUCCUAACGGGCAGUCUGUUCUGGCUCGCAUGGUCAGCCAAACCAUCCGUCCACUGGGCAGUUCCAGUAAUGUCGGGACUUCUCUUCGGGAUCGCAUACCAAACCACCUUCAUCUCACUGCUGACCUACGUCACCGACGCAUAUCGCAUCUACUCUGCCAGUGCACUAGCUUCGUCUGUCAUUUUGCGAAGCAUUGCUGGUGCGCUGUUUCCUCUCGCUGCGGAUCCACUCUAUGCGAAGCUUGGAGUUUCAUGGGCAACCUCGGUUCUUGGCUUCGCCGCCAUGGCUUGCAUUCCUAUUCCGUUUGCACUGCUCUACUUUGGACCGUGGAUUCGGAAGAGGAGCCCCUUCUGUCAGCGGUUGCUGGAGAUGGAUAUGAUGAAGGCUAGAGGUGGGACGAGGACGCCUGAGGAGGCUUGA